AUGCUCUUCAACCUUCUUCCCUACCUCGCCCUCGCCGGCCUGGCCGCAGAGACCGUCACUGCUUCCCCUAACGCUGCCCAUGGUCAUGGCGUCGCUCGUCGUCACCACGCUCGCCAGCACGCACGCCACAACGUCGCCAACGUCUCGCGCCGUGGCGCCGAGUUUAAGACCGUGAACGGCAGGAAGUGCCGCGUCCGUCCUUCGGGUCAGGGCCAGGGUCAGUCUGGUAGCACCACCGAGCAGCCCCAGUCGCAGCCGCCCGUCGAGCAGGCUACUUCCACCCAGCAGCCUUCUUCUACCGAGACCCCGGUCGAGAGCCCCCCCAACGCCGACUCGCCCGACACUCCGGACACCCCGGACACCCCGGACACCCCAGACACCCCUGACCAGCCUGGCAGCAACCCGGAGAUCCCGGAGAUCCCGGAGUCGUCUGAGAUUCCCGAGGUCACCGAGUCCCCCGCAGCCACCGAGUCCCCCGCGGCCACCGAGUCGCCUACGGCUCCUCCUGCUACGACGCCCUCGGCCCCUCCCGCUACUGGCGGCAACUCUGGCAAGCGCGGCAUGAUCUGGCCGAACGGUGACUGGGCAAAGGACAUCCGCAAGUACCUCGCCCAGGGUGGCAUCAGCUGGUACUGGGCUUGGGAGCACCUCCCGUCCAAGUGGGCUGCCGACGCCGGCGUCGAGUUUGUCCCUCAGUUCUGGGGCCCCCAGAAGUACGACCAGUGGUACAAGCAGAAGGCCGACAACUGGAACGGUCAGAAGGUUUCCAACGUCAUGUUCUUCAACGAGCCCGACCUCAUGGGCUUGGCCGUCGCCUCUGGUGUGUCUCCUGCCGAUGCCGUUUCGCACUGGCACAAGGAGAUGGCCCCGCUCCGCUCUCAGGGCAUCCGUAUUGGUUCCGCUGCCCCUGCCGGCGGCAACAAGAACUGGGUCGUCGAGUUUGAGGAGGCCUGUGGCGGCGCGUGCAACGCCGACUUUAUCACGAUGCACGUUUACGUGAGCGACAUUGAGGUCUUCAAGAAGUCGGUCACGGACGCCUACAACCUCCACGGCCAGCGCCCCAUCUGGGUUACCGAGUGGGCGUGCCACGACUUUGGUGGCGGUGGUGGUAACUGCAACGACCCUGCCGGUUUCACUCGCGAGGCCACCCAGUGGAUGGACAGCCAGCCAUGGGUUGAGCGCUACUCGCUCUUCGGCUCCAUCUCGGAGCUGCACGGCGUCGACACCAAGUGCGGUCUCAUGAACACGUGGGACCCCUAUGACCCCACCACCCUCUGGUGGGACUACAUCCACGCCUAA